AUGGGUUCUCCAGUCUCAGUUGUCACAGCAGAGAUGGUAAUCCAGCGAUUGGAGGAGAAGGUAUUAGGUACUUACACCAACCCUCCACCUUUUUGGUUCCGAUACGUCGAUGACACCAUGACAAGUUUGCACAAAGAUGAAAAGAACAACUUUCUUGAACACCUAAAUCAGCAGAAUCCAAGUAACCAGUUUACGAUUGAGCCAGAAUUAAACGGGAAAAUUGC